AUGUAAAGACCAAAGCAAACUAUAUCUCCCUAGAGAACCAAUAUGACGUUCCAGGGCAGCAAUUCGAGUACAGUUUCUUUGACUAAGAAUAGAAGUAGCUAGGGUCUCCAAUCAUACUACCAAUCUCCAUCAUUCAAUUAGAAUAACAGAAUAAGCACCAUAUCGUCAUCUUCGUAGUCUCCUUUAUCAAAAGCAUAGCAGUAAUAGCAAGCAAAUAAUCAAUAAGAAAAUAACAAUCGUCAAAGACUACCAAAGACAAGGCCGUAAGAAGCAUUCUAUAAGAGAAUAAAUGAUGUUGAAAAAAAGGCUAAGACUCUAGAUUAGGAGAGAGAAGAACAGCUAGACUAGUUUGAUCUGAAUGAUUUCUUUAAGGACCCCAAAAUGGAACCAUAAUCAGCCAAGGAGCCAGUAUUUCAGAGACAAGUAAGUUCCUUUAAUGAUAAUCUUAGCAGUAAUUCAAUGGACAACUCAAGGUACGGCAAUUAAAGCAAUCAUCUCAACAGACUACCAUAGCUACCUAGAGAAGCACUUGAUAUUAAUGAAAAUGAAAUAAAGUACUUGACUAACUUUAUUACUGGAGACAAGGGUUAAGGAGGUUAAGGAGAAAGCUUUGAGCAAAAUGGCUUCUUUAAUUACAAUCUAAGUGAUAACAAAAAGUCAAAUAAGAUUGAUGAGUAGCCUGUCUAUAUAGCUCCUGAAUCAGCACUCAAUGAUGAAAUAUUGAAUUUCUAUGGUAUUAGCAGAAACAACAAAGAUCCUAUGGAUGGAGUAAAUAAAUCCUAUAGAGGUCUAAUUAGCAAAAACAAUUAAUUCAAAGCAAUUAUAGAUGAUUAGUUUGAAAGACUUGAUUCAAGAGGAAAGAGAAUCAAGAUUAGAAGAGUUCAUGUUCAUUAAGAGGUGAUGGGUGAGAUCGGAUACCCUUUUUCCACUAUGAAUUUUCAUCCAUUAACCUACAUUACCCAGCAUGAGUUGAAGGCUAGAGCAAACUCAUUGGCAUAUGCUAAGUAUAAACUUGUCAAGAGAGAAAAUGCAAAGAAAGCAGCAAAGAGGAAACUGCUAUUGAUUAUGUGCAUUGUGAAGUGCAAAUCAUUUGUUAAUAAGCUUAAGGCAAGAGUUUAGAUAAGGAGAGCUGAGAAAAAGAAAAUAGAGGAGGAGCAAAGGAGGAAAGAGAAUAGAAGAAAAAACAUUAAGGAAUAGCAGAGAUUAAUGGAACGAUCUAGUAUUGCUGACGAAACUCAGAGUUCAAGGAAUACUGAAUAAGUUUCAGGUUUGAUGUUAUCUGAGUCUAAUGGUAGUUUGCUUAGAUUUGGCUCGGCUCUGAAUACUUCUUCUAACUUUGGAAUUCUGAAGAAUGAGCAGAAAAGAACAGAGUCUGUCAACUUUUAAAGAGCUGAAACAGUCAAUGUCAACGAAGCUGUUUCAAGCUAAAUAAGCACUGGCAUAUUAUCUCCAAGCUUUACUAGACAAAACAUUAGACCUCCAAGCACUAGCACUAGUAAUACAAUCGAAAGAGAUGAAUAUCUAAAGAGCAAGAUUACUGUUGAGAAAUUUGAUUGA